AUGGUUUUCUUUUGUGAUUUGAGUUGUGAAAACGUAAAUUCAACGCACAAAUUUGAAUGUGGCACUCCGUUUCACAAGAUCAAGGAUUUAGAUGUCAAGUGUGCAAUUCAAAUCGUAUUGGAAGCAAUGGACAUUUUCGGUGAUUUCGAUGAUUUGCGUGAUUUUGUCCAUAAGGCGAUUGAAAAUCGUGUCGGAAUCCCAUCGGCCAGUGAUAAAAGAUCAUUAAAGUUCGAUUGUAUAUUGAAAUUACAGCCAAAGGAAUUUCCAACUGAACAAGAGGUGAAUGAAGCCCGGGAAAUCGCUUCAAAUGCCUACAAACAAAUCGUUACCUUUCCUGAAGUCAACAAAUAUUUCAGACUAGAUAAACGAAAUGGCAGGCACUUUUUAGAGCACUUUUUAGCUCAUAAUUUGUCAGUGAUUUAUGAAAAUUCAUUUCGAAUCAAUUUGACCGCAAACAAAGGUGAAUGUGAACGAAUUUUGAUUUAUGACAUUUUAUCAAUGUUCAAUCAUUCAUGCGCACCCAAUAUGCUUAACUACGUUUGCGGCAAUAAAAUGGUCUGCAUCACAAAUCAACAAAUUCAACGAGGCGAACAACUUUACAUCAGUUAUCGCCCAUUCAACUAUGAGUCCAAAAUCGAACGACAGAAAGAACUGAACAAUUGGAAUUUUGAAUGUCAUUGCGAUAGGUGCGAAUAUCCAAGAGAUAUUCAUCCAAAUGAAAUACAACGGGCAAAGCGAUUGAACAAAAGACAAAUUGAAAGCCAACUCAAUAAGGCGGAGGAGUGGACACCACAAAUAUGCGCCUACAUUCUUCGAUACUACGAAUUAUUAGGGUUUUAUUACUAA